AUGCCCCUUCCCCAUUUCUCGGCUCUCUCCCCGCGCGUAUCCCGCUCUUCCGUUUCCGCCGCCUUCUCUUGCGCGGCGCAGCGCCUCUCCGCCAGUGGAACCCCCCGCGCGACACCCAUUUCCGCUUCCACCUCACGCGCCCUUCUAGCUCCCCCUGCCGCGCAUCCGCGUGUUGAUCCCGCAACCACCUUUCUUCCGCCGAGCUUUCCGCUCGACCGCUGCGGAUAUUCUUUCCGCAAAUCCCGCGCGAUCACCGGCAAUUCCGCAAAGCUUGCGAGCGGGAUACUCAUUCCUACCUGUAACGCGUCCGCUUUUUCCGCCAGUGCGCGCGCAGUUUCCGCGAGAGCUCAGAUGGCGUCCGCAGCCGUUGGCGACGCGGGAAGCGUGCCGGAGAUUAAAGGACGCGUGGAGGCGAACGGCGUGGCGGUGCUGACGAUGGAUCGCCCCAAGGCGCUCAACGCCAUGAAUCUAGGCAUGGACCGAGCGUACAAGGCGCUGCUGGACGAGUGGGCGGUCGACCCGCGCGUGAAGGCCGUGGUGGUGGAGGGCUCCACUCCGCGCGCCUUCUCCGCUGGCAUGGACAUCAAGGGGGCGGUGGGAUACAUCAAGGAGGAUAUCAACACGCCCUAUGUGCCUCAGGUGUUCACAGCGGAGUACACGCUCAUCUGCGCCAUAGCGCGCUACCCCAAGCCUUACAUUGCUCUCAUGGACGGCGUCACCAUGGGCUUUGGCCUCGGCCUGUCCGCCCAUGGCCGCUACCGCGUUGUCACAGAGCGAGCCCUGAUGGCCAUGCCAGAGAACGCCAUUGGUCUCUUCCCGGACGUGGGCUUUGCACGCAUUGCUGCUCUCUCACCCGCCGGCGGUGCUCUGGGCACGUACAUGGGCAUGACGGGCGCGCGCAUCAGCACGCCCCACGAUGCCCUACUGGCAGGCCUGGCCACACAUUAUGUGCCCUCCACUGCUCUCCCCACCCUCAAAGAAGCUCUGCUCCAAGCUGACUUUGCGUCCGCCUCCGCCCCUGCAGACGCCUCCUCUCUGGUAGAGACCAUCUUGUCCCGCCACACACAGCCCACCACAGCAGCAGCAGGGGGGGAAGGCGCGGGGGUGGCGGGGUCCCAGAUAGAGGCGGUGCUGGCGGCCAUAGAGCGCUGCUUCCACCGCUCGCAGUGCCCCUCUGUGCCGCACGUGCUGGCUGCUCUGCGCGCCGAGGAGAAGAGCGCUGACAGCACUGUGUCCCAGUGGGCCAAAGACUCCCUACAGGCCAUGGCGGCAGGAGCGCCCUUCAGCCUUGCCAUCACGCUAAAGCACUUCCAUGCGCUCUCUGCGCGUGCUGCUGAUGCUGCCGCCACGGCGCCCAACCAGGCCGAGGCUGAGAAGCAGCUCCCUAUAGAGGACGUGAUGCGCACAGAGUACCGCAUGGCACUGCGCACAUCUGUCAGACCUGACUUUCUGGAGGGCGUCCGUGCCGUGCUCAUUGACAAGGACAAGGGCUACUUUCUCCCAUUCUCGCCGUGUGUUGCUGCUGCUGUUCCUGCUUCUUCUCCUCGCCUCAAGCCAUCACGCUCCAUCACCGCCUACCUUCCAUCGCCCUUCCAUCCAACGUCCUCUCGUGCGUCUGUGGUAGCACGUCGAAGCAGCAACUACGCCCGAGUUUUUUCGGGAAGCCAAGCUGUCGCUCCUGCUCCGGCCCGCAUUUUCCCCGCUCUUAUCCGACAGUUCUCCCAAGUCGGGCAUGGGAGUGGUGGCCGUGAUGGCGGUGUGAACAUCCGUGGCCCUCCCGAGACACUGCCUUACAAUGUGCGAGGAUUGAACCACAUCGCCAUUGCUGUUCCCGACCUCUCUGCUGCCUCGGAGUUCUACCGCACCACAUUCGGCGCGCAAGUUUCCGAGCCCCAUGAUCUGCCUGAGCAUGGAGUGCGCGUGGUCAUCGCUCAAGUGAGCAACUGUACAGUGGAGCUCCUGCACCCGCUUGGCGAGAAGAGUCCCAUUGCUAAGUUCCUCGAGAAGAACCCUAGAGGAGGAAUGCACCACCUCUGCUUCACUGUUGACGACAUUGGUGCUGCCUCCAAGCACGUGUCUACGGAGGGCAUUCGUGUUCUCGGAGAUGGCAAGCCCAAGAUUGGUGCUCAUGGAAACCCGGUGCUGUUCCUGGAUCCCCGUGACAACCUAGGUGUGCUAUGCGAGUUCGAGCAGGUUUCUUGUGCUGAGCCGCACAAGGCGUGA